CACACACUCGUACUCUAUCUUACGCGUGAUAUAGAAACUCUAUAGAUAUAUCACCCCUUCUUUCACCUCUAUUUCUUCUUCUUAGACACAUUAUUCCAUCUCGUUCCACUUAGUUGCCGAUCAUCCCGUUUGAGUCUCUGUGCGUUCGAAUUGAGCUUGUAUAACUAGCUAGUUAUCCCACCAUUUAAACUUUCCAAAAAUUAUUACACAUUUGGUUAAUUGCAACAGGAGAGGGAAAAAUAUACUCAUACUGUAAAGGUUGAUUAGAAAAAGCAGUUUGCAUUACCACGGGAGUAUUAGAGCCGCAGAAUAAAACGUAAGGCAAAAAAAAAAAAAAAAAAAAGAAAAUAUCAGAUAAAAAAAAGAAUAAUAAAAAAAUUACUAAUAUUAGUUAUACAUCCGAUAAGUACAAUAACUUCUGCUAUUUCCACAGUUAAUUCAACGGCACUUUAUCCAUAUAUAUAAGUGAAGAACGGGGUAAAAUACUUACAAGUAUUCCCAUAGACUAUCUCCACAGUUUACACAGAUAAAUUAUAACAAGGAGAAACAAAAGUACGCGUCUUUUCCUGUACGAGGUAAAAAGAUAAGGAAACAAUAACCUACUUUAUUUCACUUACAUAGAGGCGACAAGAAAAGGUCCCCAACAAUCCUGCAACCCGUUAUCCAUUUGCAACAAAGGGGUCCCAGAAAAGAAUCUACUUCAGUAAGCGAACUCGAACUCCGAACUGAUCCCCUCUUUUUUCUUUCUAAUAAGGGUCAACUUACGCUUGUUUUGUAUUGCGUAUUAAACCCCCACAUUUUCAAUUUUUUGUUUCACAUCUCCACUUUUUUUCGAUACAUUUAGGGAGAUUCACAGACAAGCAUAAUUGCGAUAGAAAGGGAAUAAUAUAAUUAACAGGUCAUUAUUUUCACAAGAAACUUAUAUAUAUUACAAGGCCACAUAUUACCUUGAAAUAUUCCUCUUGUGUUCAUAGUCUUUAUCUUGAAGUAGAGCCAGAUACCGAAUUGACUACCAAAGCUGCUUGAUAGUGCAAGUUGUUAAUACCCUUAAUUCAUCAAGGGGGUCAAUUUAUUUUCCACUCCCUCUUGACUUUUUUUCUUUUUUGUGUUUUCCCUUUUUACUCGAAUUUUUUUUUUUAAUUUAGCAGCAACAAAAGUUUACAAAGGGACCCCAAAACCUUAAAGAUCCCCAAAAGAAAAACCCUGCAAAAGUUUUUAAUUCCUUUACUUGUGGCUGCCUUUCUCUGGCCUCUUUUAUAAGGUUUGGACCAUGAACAAGUUGGGAUUGCCUAUUAGAAGUCGAGAAGCACAAGAUAACGUUGGCAGCAGCCAAUCUAGUCAAGUCCGAGAUCAAGAAUGUUCCCAACAAACGCUACAAUCGCAAUCGCAACCUGAAUCAAAAACACAAUCGCAACUGCAACUGCAACUGCAACAAUCUGAAACUGAUCUACAACACCCAAAAAAUGAAAAACCCACCAUUAGUCCAUGUUAUGAUAAACAUUUCACCAUUCCUAAACUACUGAAAGAGCCACUUUCUCUCAAGUUUAUACAUAAACCAAGUAGGUCUACUAAUUUUUUUGAAAAGGCUGAAGAUCCGACGCGGCGUAAUUCUAUUAUUAAUUCUAUGACGUCUGACAGAGUGAAUCCUAUCACCAACCUGACUACAAAUAACACUACUACCGCCAAUGUUAAUAAUUUAACUACUGAGACUGAUGAAAUUAAUUCUGAGACUGAAUUAACAUCGUCAAUUGAUACAAUGUCAGAAUUUGAUGAUGAACAUAAACUUGUUCGUAAGAAAUCUGGAGAACUAGUUAAGCCUUCAUUAAGGAUCAGUUCAGAAAAGGGAUAUUUUAAUAAAAAGAGAACACAAUCGCUUCCAACGACCCCAACAUAUAAACUGGUACAUUUUGGAACCGGGAAUGAUGUUCGAUAUUUCAAAAAGCAAGAUCGCCCCACUGCUAUAUCUGCUUCUAAUUCUCCAACAUUUAAUGGCUCAUCAAUGAAUAUCAAUCUGGCUAUUGGUAGUGACGAUGAAAGCUAUGAUGAUGGAGAAUCUGAUUUGGAUCUCGACGAAGCAGCUGAUCUUACUAUGGAUCUUAAUAAGAAGGGAUCGACCAUUUAUAAAAGAGAUCGAAUCGAUUGGCAUUUAAAUCUUCCAAACUUCCCACAUUUAUCAUAUGAUCGUAAAAUAUUCCAAGAAAAAUGUAAAGUAUUUCUUGAAAGAAUGUUUAUUAGUAUUGACAAAAAGUAUCUAUUAGGUCACAUUGCUGUUAAAAAUCUUGCAUUUGAAAAAUCCAUUAUGGUCAGGUAUACUUUAGAUAAUUGGUCUACAAUUAUUGAAAUCCCCACCAUUUACGUUCCAGAUAUCCCACAAAUUUUGAAAAAAAAUGAAUAUGAUCGAUUCAUAUUUAAGAUUCCAUUGGGUAAUUUAUUUAAUAGUUUCCGAAUGAUGUCCCCGGUACAAAAUUCUACCAAUCCUAAUGAAAAAAAAUUCCAGUUAUGUGUGAAAUAUAAUGCAAAAGAUAGUGAAUAUUGGGAUAACAAUAAUUAUCAGAAUUAUGAGUUCCAGUUAACCAAGAUUAAUAAGAAUGGAUCACAACCACCAGCUCAGAAAUUGGAUACACUUCAAAACCAUACAGCUAAACCGAAGUAUUCUUCAUCAUUCUUAAAGAGAAGACUGUCAGACUCAACAUUGGAGGUGAACAAAACACAUAACGAGAGUGCAACAGAAAGCUCUCCAGAUACUUAUUUUGAAUCUUCACCUUCAUUCACUUCCCAUAUCUUGGGGACAAACAAUUCAAUGUUUAAUUAUAAUUUUUCAUUUGCAAACGGUUCUAAUUUAUCUAUGGAUGAUUUCAAAAAUAACUCUUAUCUGAUUUCACCCAUAUUAUCAGUCAACAAGCAAGAUAAGAAAAAUCUGAAUACCAUGGAAGAAUUGCAAUUAAAUGAUUGCAAUACGUCACCCAAUGAUGAAAAUAAGAGGUUAUCUCCAUCUACCGAGUUUAGUAAAUUAUCGGUACCUUACAAUCAUAAGGAGACAGCAAAUGCUAUGGAUUCACAAUCGUACAAGAAAUUAUUGGAUACUUAUUGUUUUUUCAAAAAACCAAAGGAAGAUGAGAAUGAUGGCAAAUCUAAAUUUGGCAGUGACCGUUCAUUGACAACAGUUUCAUCUGCAUUAGGAUUUCAUGAUUAAACCCUGUUCCCUUGUAUGCUCUUGCGUUAUCUUUUUUUUUUCGUUUGGUUAUAUUUCAGUUCUUUAUAUAUGGUAUCAAUUAUAGAUUACCUUUACUUCGUACUUUUAGUGGUUAAUAUACAGUUCU